GUGGUGAUAAGGUCCUUCUCUUUCUUUCGUGGUCAGACUCGUAGAAAAAUGCCUCACUCUUACGGUAUUCGUGCUCGCACCCGCCACAUGUUCUCGCGCAAGUUCCGCGAGCAUGGUUCUAUCCCUCUCUCCACCUACCUCAAGACCUACAAGGUUGGUGACAUCGUUGACAUCAAGGCCAACGCUGCUGUCCAAAAGGGUAUGCCCCACAAAUUCUACCAUGGUCGCACUGGUAUCGUCUACAACGUUACCAAGUCUGCCGUCGGUGUCAUCGUCUACAAGCGUGUUGGCAACCGUUAUAUGGAGAAGCGCGUCAACAUCCGUGUUGAGCACGUUAAGCACUCCAAGUGCCGUCAAGAGUUCCUUGACCGCGUUAAGGAGAACGCUCGCAAGCGCAAGGAGGCCACUGAGGCUGGUGUCCAAGUUGUCUUGAAGAGACUUCCCGUUCAACCCCGUGAGGCUCGUCAUGUUUCCACCAAGGCUAACUUCCCCGAGACUAUCACUCCCGUUGCCUACGAGACUUUGAUUUAAAGGACACAAUUGGUAGACUAUGUCAUCUGCUACAAAAGUAAUAAAAAUAUAAAGCUUUUAUAGUGCUUUAGA